AUGAGGAGAGGGACUAUGAAGAAGGAAACGACUUUUAUGAGAGUUGACUCUUUGGCCAGAGACAUUUUCAAAUCGUUCGAGAGUGUGAGAAAGGAGGUGAAGAUUGCGGUGAGAUGCUUGGGAGAAGAUGAGGACAUCAUCCGCGUUCUCAGCUUCGGAGGCUUCAGACUGGGCAUGGGCGACGCGGGCAAAAACAUUCCCAAAGGUGGACCUGUUCCAGGCUUUAAGAUCAUGCUUAAGCCUGGCAAGCUUAUGAAGAAGUUUGUUAAGGCCGAAAGAAGGGGAUGGGAUGGACCAAGAGUCUUUGACUACCUAGAGGAAAAGGUGGUGCCGAGUCCACAUAUUCUAGAAACGGAAGGAGGCUUUAGGUUUGGCAGAAAGCGGGCUAAAUUUGCAAAGCAAAGCAUUAUGGUCUGA